AUGUUCCCCGACGAAGUACAGCGAGAUGAGCACCAGGCACUGCAGUACACCCUCUACAAAGAUGCCAAAGUCAUGAUUCCCCCCGAUAUGCCCGACUACAUGCUUGAUUACGCGAUCGCAAAAGCGAAGGACCUCUUAGAGGGGAGCACUGGCUUAGAUAAUCAGGCUGUCGCUACAGCUCUAAAAAGAGAUAUGGACGAGCAGUGGCAGCCGUGCUGGCAUGUGACGGUUGGACAAAACUUUGCAAGUUACGUCGUCCAUCAGAAACGGCGUUUCGUGUACUUUUCCAUUAACAAGACCUCCUUCCUAGUCUACAAGGCUCAAUAG